CGUUAUAAUCUCAAAUUUGACAGUUAAGAAAAGAGAUAGAUCAGUGGUGACUCACCACAAUUUCUAUCUCUCAUUUACCAAUAAUACCAUGGAUGACGUCGAUGACACGUUGGUGAGAAAGGCGAUCGCCUUCGUGCUGCUGUUCGGAAUUGUGGUCGCUGUAAACUAUACGUGGGGGGUGAUAUCGACGAAAUCCUUGCAAUUGUCGUCUGUCUAUUUAAGUCCUUAUCCUUCUAUCGUAAUGAAUAAUUUUCGGCAUUCAAAUGGGACUCUACUCUCUCCAGAAGGCCAAGAUGUUCGGUGGAACGAUUAUAAAGAAUACUAUAGUGCUUAUCAGUCAAGGCUAUCAAGGACCUCCUUUGAGCACUAUGUAAUUUACUAUUCUACACUCUCCGGUUUGGCCAACAAAAUCAAUGGAUUAGUUUCGUGUCUAUUGAUAGCUAUGGUUACUGAUCGCGGAUUGAAGCUUGCUGAUUGGCCGAGCUUCGAUUCCUACUUCAAUCUUCCCUUAGAAAACCAUCAUGUCAAUCUUAGCUUGAGUUCUCCGAAAGGCUCCUCUCUGAAGAUCUGGCGUCGCUGCAUCGAAGCGAAGCGUCUUCUCCACGGGGACAUCAACAAGAAAUUCGGCGAUGGCAACAUCAAAGUGAACACCAACUGUCCGAUCUUCCGCUCGCUCGCCAAGAACGACUUCUACUACGAAUCGUUCGUGAACCGCGGUCUAAUCCGCACUGCGCGCCGCGGAGACUACGAGGCGAUCGCCGCGGACAUUUACUACCGUCUUCUCAGCUUUUUCUCGCUGGAGUCCAGCCUGCAAUCGAAGCUGGAGUCGCUCUCGCGCGGCUGGGAGGACCGGUUCGUGGUGGGGAUGCAAGUGCGCGUGGGUCUGGGGAACAGCGCCUUCCUGGACAACUGCAAGUUCCUCUACAUGCAGGACGUCGAGACGUUCGUGCACUACGCCGAGCUCUUCUCGAACCGCUCCCGGCGCACCCCGCUCUGGUUCAUCUCGACGGACUCGCCGCAGGUGGAGGCGAUGCUGCGCCGUCGCUUCCCUGCGUUCGUGGAGAGCAUUCAGGAACUUCCGAUGAAGCAUACGAAGGCGCUCGCGUAUCAGUACAAGGAUCCCGCCACGCAGAGGGCGAUCUUGGAUAAUUAUCUGCUGUCGAAGUCGGAUUUGCUACUCACUACCGCGUGGAGCAGUUUUGGGGAAAUGGCGCUGGGGCGGAUGCAGCAGGGGCGGACCAUUAUGAUUACGAGAAGUGAUCCGAUCCGAAAUCCACCUCCUGUAGUGUAUUUUAAUCGCAGCUCGGUUUAUUCGAGUGUUUGUUGCAGCAAGGAACGAGGAUGGAGUGAUUGGGGGAACGACUCUGAUUUCUUUCGGAGAACGGCUCUCCGUGCAAUUCGAGCAAACUCACUCUUUUCUUCCAUGUACAACGGUAUUGGAUUGAGAACGGCUAGAGGGUCUGGAACGAACGGUUUCGUUCAAAGAAACCUCGGUUACAUUCGUCCUUCUCGUAUUUUGCAGUUUACGCAGAAAAAUGAGCAGCAAAUCAUAGAACCGAAGAUUAAGAAGCAGGACGAAGCAAUCCUGAAACAUCAAGUGAAAAGACAAAUCGAGUUAGAGUUACUUGAACUGGAAGACAAAAUGAAGCAACAAGGAUACUCAAAGGAAGAAAUAGAAGCUCGCAUUGAAGUCGAAAGAAAAACUCGAACGAGUAUGAUGGACGACGAUGUGGACAAGCUCCGACGAUUGAAGGAACGCCAAGACGAAGGGAAAGGAGAAGAGUUGCACGACUAUUUGGGAGAGGAGGGUAAAAAAGCUUGGAUGGAGAGUGGAGCUCGCUCCGAUGAGAAGAGCCGAGAUCGAGAAAGACAUAGAAGACACGGUAGAGGUCGAAGCCGAAGUCGAGGCCGAAGUCGAGGCCGAAGUCGAGGCCGAAGUCGAAGUCGAAGUCGAAGUCGAAGCCGGAAUCGACAUCAUCGACAUAGUCACAGACAUGACCGAAGUCGCAGUCGCAGUCGCAGUCGUAGUGAAACCAAGAGCCAAAGCCGGAGCCAAAGCCGGAGCCAAAGCCGGAGCCAAAGCCGGAGCCAAAGCCGGAGCCAGAGCCGGAGCCAAAGCCAGAGCCAGAGCCAGAGUCGGAGCCAAAGCCAGGAAGAAAAGAAGGAAAAGGAAGAUAAAACCAAGAACGAAAGCCCAAGUCGGAGUGCUUCAAAGCACAGCAGCACCUCGAGUAGCAGCUCUAGCCGCAGUCCGUCGAGAGAACACAAGUCACACCGUCGUCACCAUCACCAUUAA